AUGAGUGGGGAUAUUGAAUGUCCUGAUGGCGACACUCGUGGCGUGAGGGAGGUCAUCGUCAAGCUGAUAGUCGCUCAUCUCACAGCAGUCGUCGCCUUCUGCAAUCUCCAGUCCCUUCGCGACGAGCGCCUCGCAUCUAUCGAACCAGUUUUAUUUCUCGUCUUUCCACUUAUGGUCAUCUUCCAAACAGUCCUCGGUCUACUUGUCAUUCACACCUCGUUGGCUGUCAGCCUUUUGAGAGAGCCCAAAUUCUGGCAACAACAUGUCCGCAUGUAUACCCGGCAAUGGAGUACUCUGUUUGCGAGGAAACCACGUCCUGAGCGCUCAGUGGAAGAGAGUGUCGGACUUUUGACGGAGGAGAGAAUAGAGGAAUCCCGGUCUGAAAGGGCAUGGGUGAAAAUCGGAAGAUUGGCAGUUAUGGCUGGGACGCUGUUCCAGUUCGUGGCUACCAUCUUCUUAUACAAAAGAAGGCUGAGUUUCUACGGUUGGGAAUCUCUCAGCAUCAUCGACCAUCUCACAUUUGAACUGGCUGUUGGUGGCACUACUGUCUCAGUCAUGUCCGUCCUUCUCCUCCUUAAGCUACCUGGCUUUAGAGAGGCACCGGAGGUUAUUUCCCCUGCAACAAAAGAUAUGCGAUUGAGGGAAGUCCUUCGCUUCUUCCGAGGCGAUCCAGGACGUUGUCGUCGGUGGUAUCGCAUCCCUUAUCAGCCCGGCUCGGGGAUGGAGAUGUGCAUGGCGACAUGGGUUCUCUGUAUCCUUUCUGCGACAUACAACGGCGAGAUAAUAUUCCCGAGAUACCUAGAAAUCUCCUACCCCUUCGCUUUCGAACUCGUGAAACCAAUUCUACCAAACGCCCAUCUACCAACCUUUUACUUUUUCACUGUCGCAGGCUUUCUGGCUUUCUUGACCCUGGGAAAGAUCGUCAUCGACCGCACGGUUGGCUUCAAACUGAAAUCCAAGAACCUGUGUGGGGUCCUUCUUGAGCUGAUCGCGCUCAUCAUCAGUUUUUGCGCUUUCUGGUUCAUAAUGGUGGUGACUGCUGUAUUUUCGAUUGGUCCUUUAUUCACAUAUUUCAUGCCUGUCGCGUCCUUCGGUCCGGUAUGCGGCUUGCUACCCAAAGGAAUUGAGACGUACGUACUGUUCUCACAACCACCUUUCAGGACGGCGGAGAAUGGAACGGAAUACGAUUUGUGGUGGAAUGAUGAGAAAACAGAAUGUCUUUUGCUGUGGAAGGAUCCUAUGGCUGACUACCUUUGGUCACUUUUCUAG